GGAGGUCGCGGAGGGGGGGGGGGGGGCAAGAGAGGCUGCACUCUGUACAUGCUCAGAGACGCCGGGUGUGCACCCUACUAGCCUGCUCGGGAGCCCGGAUGGCGGGGGCGGGCCGAGGGCCUCCGCAGAGCCUGCGCCUGGAGAACGCCUCGCUGCUGUCCGAGGGGGCCCUGCAGGACGGGCACCGCCUCUGGAUCGGGAACCUCGACCCCAAAAUCACCGAAUAUCACCUUCUCAAACUCCUGCAGAAAUUCGGCAAAGUGAAGCAGUUUGACUUCCUCUUCCAUAAGUCGGGGGUCCUGGAGGGGCAGCCCAGGGGCUACUGCUUCGUGAACUUUGAGACCAAGCAGGAGGCAGAGCAAGCCAUCCAUUGCCUCAACGGGAAGCUGGCCCUCUCCAAGAAGCUGGUAGUGCGGUGGGCUCACGCCCAGGUCAAGAGGUAUGAUCAGAAUAAGAACGAGAAGACCCUUCCCAUCAGUCUGGAGCCGUCUUCCAGCACCGAGACCCCCCAGUCCAACCUGAGCGUCAGUACGAAGAUCAAAGCCAUCGAAACCAAGCUGAAAAUGAUGUCGGAGAAUCCCGACGCCGAGCUGCCCCCGGCAGCCCCCUACACGUACUUCAAGGCCCCCGAGAAAAAACGGACUGGCCCCUACUCCAGAGCCGCUUGGAAGUCCAAGAGAUGAUGAGCAGGUGCCGUCAGCACCGUCCUCUGGCGCUCUCGGCUGAUGGGAAGCCAGCUCGGAGGGACCGGGACUGGCCCUGCCCCGGCCUGGCUUCGUGGUGUGGGGGACUGCUGCCGCGAUUCCUCCUCGGCACACACAGAAGCCAAAAACUCCUCGGAGGAAACCGGCUGUAACGCCAUCCAUAAAUGUGUAUAGAACUUCUCCAAGAAACUCGACUGGUUUAGUAGUAAAACCAGAUUUUUUCCCCCUCCCCCUGUGUGGCUAGCUAGAUCCAGCUCCAGAGUUCGAGAUGAGUGUGUGUGUUUGUGUUCCAGUAUGUUUUCACCACUUCAGUAUUUGUUUUGCUCUGAAGAUAACAAAAGUUCUGACGAACUGAUGGUCUGUCCAGAAUAUUAUCUCUAUCCAGUAAAAAAAAAUAAAAAUGGUGCUUUGGGUUUGCAAGAGAAAAAUCAGAGUUUCUUGCAACUUGAAGCCCAGGAACGUCCCCCCCCCCCCAAAAAAAGGGGGGUAAUGAAAUUGGUAAUAUUUGUCUGUGAGUAACAACUGCAUUGAACACAUCUGGGCAUUGUAUCCAUUCUUUUUCUAAAGGGAACAUCACAGGAAUAAACUUUUAGCCCACUUUUAAAAGUG